ACUGGAGCUGAAACGCAAAGGGGGUAGGAGCAGCAGGAGGCCAUGGCUGGACAAUGACUGACGUGGAAAGUGUCAGCAGUGAGUAAGAAACUUCAAGGGGAAAAAGUCUCCACAGCCAAAUCCAUCGCCCCUGUGUGAGCUGCUGCGGUUUCUCUCGGCACAGCACAAUGAGUCUGGACAAAGCAGAGCUGUGUGACUCACUGUUAACCUGGUUGCAGACAUUUCAGGUGCCAUCGUGCAACAGCAAGCAAGACCUAACAAGUGGAGUGGCGAUUGCACACGUGCUGCACAGAAUAGACCCCUCUUGGUUUAAUGAGACAUGGCUAGGCAGGAUCAAGGAGGAGAGCGGGGCCAACUGGCGCCUCAAGGUCAGCAACUUGAAAAAGAUUCUUAAGAGCAUGCUUGAAUAUUAUCAUGAUGUGCUCGGUCACCAGGUAUCAGAUGAGCACUUGCCAGAUGUGAACCUUAUAGGAGAGAUGGGAGAUGUCACUGAACUGGGGAAGCUGGUACAGCUUGUACUGGGCUGUGCUGUCAGUUGUGAGAAGAAACAAGAGCAAAUCCAGCAGAUAAUGACACUUGAGGAAUCUGUCCAGCACGUUGUGAUGACAGCCAUUCAGGAGCUCUUAUCCAAAGAGCCUUCAUCUGAACCAGGAAGCCCAGAGACCUACGGAGACUUUGACUACCAGUCCAGGAAGUAUUAUUUUCUAAGUGAGGAGGCAGACGAGAAGGAGGACCUGAACCAGCGCUGUCGAGACUUAGAACAUCAGCUGUCGGUGGCUCUGGAGGAGAAAUCGUCCCUACAGGCCGAGAUUCGCUCCCUGAAGGAAAGACUGAGUCGCUGUGAUUCUCUGGACGCCUCGCCCACUGCCAUCACUGGCAAGAAGCUGCUGCUGCUGCAGAGUCAGAUGGAGCAGCUUCAGGAGGAGAACUACAGACUGGAGAACAGCAGAGAUGACUUGCGCGUGCGGGGAGAGAUACUGGAGCGUGAGGUGACUGAGCUGCAGCAGCGUAAUGAAGAGCUGACCAGCCUGGCGCAGGAGGCCCAGGCCCUCAAAGAUGAGAUGGACAUUCUCAGGCACUCGUCUGACCGGGUGAACCAGCUUGAAGCGCUGGUGGAGACAUACAAGAGGAAGCUGGAGGAUCUGGGAGACCUGCGCAGACAGGUACGCCUCCUGGAGGAGCGCAACACAGUGUACAUGCAGCGCACCUGCGAGCUGGAGGAGGAGCUCCGUAGAGCCAACGCUGCCCGCAAUCAGCUGGAUACCUACAAGAGACAGGCUCAUGAGCUUCACACCAAGCACUCGGCAGAGGCCAUGAAAGCUGAGAAAUGGCAGUUUGAGUACAAGAACCUUCACGAUAAGUACGAUGCGCUGCUGAAGGAAAAAGAACGCCUGAUCUCGGAAAGAGACACGCUUCGGGAGACAAACGAUGAGCUCAGGUGUGCGCAAGUCCAACAGAGGUGUCUCAGUGGAGCUGGAGGCUUGUGUGACAGUGGUGUCACAGUGGGAAACCUUGCUGCAGAGAUCAUGCCUACUGAGCUCAAAGAGACCAUGGUGCGACUACAGAGUGAAAACAAGAUGUUGUGUGUCCAAGAGGAGGCCUGCAGGCAGAAACUGGUGGAGGUGCAGGCUGAGCUGGAGGACGCUCAGCGCAGUAAGAAUGCCCUGGAAACUCAGAACAGAUUGAACCAGCAGCAGAUCACAGAGCUGCGUUCUCAGGUGGAGGAGCUCCAGAAAGCACUCCAGGAGCAGGACAGCAAGACCGAGGAUGCCAUUUCUUCCUUACUGAAGAAAAAGCUUGAAGAGCAUUUGGAGAAGCUCCAUGAAGCUCACUCUGAUCUCCAGAAGAAAAGAGAGGUCAUAGAUGACCUGGAGCCCAAAGUGGACAGCAACAUGGCCAAGAAGAUAGAUGAACUGCAGGAGAUCCUGCGGAAGAAGGAUGAGGACAUGAAGCAGAUGGAGGAGCGAUACAAACGCUAUGUGGAAAAGGCGAGAACGGUGGUCAAAACCCUGGAUCCCAAGCCAGUGAGUGUGACUCCUGACAUUCAGGCACUGAAGAACCAACUAACGGAGAAGGAGAGAAAAAUCCAGCACCUGGAGCAUGACUAUGAGAAGAGCAGAGCCAGACAUGACCAGGAGGAGAAACUCAUCAUUAGUGCGUGGUACAAAAUGGGGAUGGCGUUGCAUCAGAACGUCUCUGGCGAGCGUCUAAGUCACUCCAACCAGGCCAUGUCCUUCCUCGCCCAGCAAAGGCAAUCCACCAAUGCCAGGAGAGGCCUGACACGACACCAUCCGAGAUAAAAACGUCCAGGCAGGAGAACAAACGUAAAAGGAAGCAUAGAGAAGAUGAGGUGAUCAACAUUAGACUUUAUCUAAACCUGAACUCCUUGUACAUUUUUGCCUUUAUACCUUCUGGACCGCUGCACCUCAGAGUGUUCUUCAUGCUGCUACUGCCCCCAGCUGGCUCUUAAUGGUACUAGAAUGUUCCUUUCCUUUGCGAAGUUCCAGAGGAGAGUGAUACUGCUGUGUUUAACCCUGCAGCUGACAGAUAUGUUAAGAGGAGGAGGAGGAGGAGGAAUUGUAGGGGCUGAAAAGAGGCUGUGCCACCUUUUAAGGUGACUUUUAUUUAUUCUGUAGCCUCUGGGACUCUGUACUGUUUGUUCAAGUUUUGUUUGAAUUUUUAUUUUUAUCUUGUAGGUUAUACAGUAGAAUGAAAUGUGAACUACUUUUGUCAACAUUACAGUUAGGGGAAGGGGGUAUUACAAUUACUGUUGUAUUACUGUUGAAAGUGCUGAAGAAGUCCCAAAGCUACGUAGGCUGUAGACUGAAAACAGAUUAUCACACUCAAGCCGUUAGUGCAUCUUCUUGGUUUUCCUCAUUUGUUUUGACUUUUCUCAUAGCUUUUAUUUUUGUCUUCUUGAUCAUAUGUUUUGAGGUGAGUUUCAUUUCUUUUCUUUUUUUUUAAUUUGAAGGACCUUGAAAAGAUGUAAAAACCUUGAGGCUGUGCCAAUGGCUUCAGUCUUUUUCCCUUUAUUCACUUGAAUCAUCUUCUCUAAAUCUAAUUUUCAUAUUAAGAAUUUAUUUCACAAUAAGAACCACAGCACUUUCAUAGAAGGGUGGGUUUGUCCAGUGCCUCGCAGAAUACUAAAAAGACUCCCUCUAUGGAUGAGACUGAAGUUUUAGAUUUUCCCAGUGUCAUUCCCUUCCUCUCGGUCUUUGGCACAGAGUAUUUACUUAAAGAAUACGUCACGCUGCGGGCUCAUUUUCAUAUGGCUCACGAUCAUGUGACUUCUGCUUAUGGUUUUUCUAAAUAAUGUUCUCAUUUUUUGCCUAAAAAUUUGAUUAUUACUUAUUUUUUUCUUCUUCUUCCCAAAGACAGGGUGUUGGUUGUGGGUUGAACCUAAUUGCACUCACCACUUUAGACUCCAAACUGACGUACAUAUUGGCAAUUGAAGGCCUCCUGUUUUAAAUUACAAAGACAGGAAAACCAGUACACAGUGGGAUUGAAACCAUGAUGAUUUAAAAACACAAUAAUGACUCAAAAAUAAUGACUCAGCUAAUGGCUGUUUACUGCUGCUAGACCUCAUUUAUGGUUUAACUGAACUGGAACGGUAUGUAUUCAUCAAUACGCUGGAAUUCUGCCUGCUGACAGGAAGUCGGAGGCGGGUAUAAAGGUUGAGCCUGUGAUAGAUGGCACAUAUAUUAAUUCUACGUCUGCCUUUAUUCACUACUGGUUAAUUUUCCUUUUCAGCAGAUGUAGACAUUUUAAUUUGUCCCAUAUCAGAGCUGCUGUGUUGUGACUUGCUCUUCAUCCCUGUGAAUGUUUGUGCUAUGGCCUGCUCAGACCAGAAUCUUGCUGUUGUGUGCACACAUUUUUCUACUGAUGUUUCAUUAUUUGAGUUGAUAUUUAUGGUGUUGAGUCAAUAUCUUUACUACACAUUUGCAAGGCUUGAAGGGGUUAACUUUUAAUUUGUCAGUGUUUGUGUCAUGUUACUGGUCUAGCAGAAUAUAGCAUAGUAUACUUCACACAGGGAUCUGAGGCACAUUAAAGAUUUGUAGUCCUGUCUGUUCUACUUUUGCACUACAAAUAAAUGGGAUCUUAAGAUAAA